GCGGCCGCGGCCCGGGGCCGCCCAGUCGGCCCGUCAGCCGGCUUCGAGGUGCGUUCUGCGCUUGCGCGGCGGCGGUGCUGAGCGCGAUGGCGGCGGAGGAGGAGGUGGACUCGGCGGACACCGGUGGAGGGUCAGGAUGGCUAACAGGGUGGCUUCCUACCUGGUGUCCUACGUCUACAUCACACCUUAAAGAAGCUGAAGAGAAAAUGUUAAAAUGUGUCCCCUGCACUUACAAGAAAGAGCCUGUUCGCAUAUCCAAUGGAAACAGAAUAUGGACACUAAUGUUCUCUCACGACAUUUCUAGUAAGACACCACUUGUCCUCCUUCAUGGUUUUGGAGGAGGUCUUGGACUUUGGGCCCUGAAUUUUGAAGAUCUAAGCACCGAUAGGCCUGUCUAUGCCUUUGACCUGCUGGGCUUUGGAAGAAGUAGUAGACCUAGGUUUGACAGUGAUGCGGAAGAAGUGGAGAAUCAGUUUGUGGAAUCCAUUGAAGAGUGGAGAUGUGCCCUCAGGUUGGACAAAAUGAUCUUGCUUGGACACAACCUGGGAGGGUUCUUGGCUGCUGCUUACUCACUGAAAUACCCAUCAAGGGUUAGUCACCUCAUUUUAGUAGAGCCAUGGGGUUUUCCCGAGCGACCAGAUCUUGCUGAUCAAGAGAGACCAAUUCCAGUUUGGAUCAGAGCCCUAGGAGCAGCAUUGACUCCCUUUAACCCCUUGGCUGGCCUCAGGAUUGCAGGACCUUUUGGGUUAAGUCUAGUGCAGCGCUUAAGGCCUGAUUUCAAACGGAAGUACUCCUCUAUGUUUGAAGAUGACACUGUGACAGAGUACAUCUACCACUGUAAUGUACAGACCCCGAGUGGUGAGACCGCUUUCAAAAACAUGACGAUUCCUUAUGGGUGGGCAAAACGGCCAAUGCUUCAGCGGAUAGGAGAUUUGCAUCCUGACAUUCCAGUUUCUGUGAUCUUUGGUGCCCGAUCCUGCAUAGAUGGCAACUCUGGUACCAGCAUCCAGUCACUGCGACCGAAGUCCUAUGUGAAGACAAUAGCUAUCCUGGGGGCAGGGCAUUACGUGUAUGCAGAUCAGCCAGAAGAGUUCAACCAGAAAGUCAAGGAGAUCUGCCACACGGUAGACUGAGCACACCGAGCUGUGGGAGCACCUGUGACUGACGCCAUUCUUGAGCAAAACCCUACAACCACGGGAAGAGUAAGAAGUACAACUCAAGAACCAGGCAGUCUCCUGGACUGGACUCUCCUGGACUUACGAAGUCACUUCCGCAUUUAAACCAAUUAGUGCCUUCUAGAAGAAUGGCUUUCCUUUCUCCUACACAAAAUUGAAAUACACAAAAGUCGUCCAGUUUAAUAGUAGCCUUAAAUAAAGGUUAUUUGUCCUUCUGAUGUACUGAAAAAUUGUGGUUUUUCAGCUGAGACUUUUCCCAUUUUUACCUCACUUUGCUAGUUAGGUGCUUUUCAUAUUUCAGUCUAUAUGCCAAUUUAACUAAGUGACUUCUGGGUCUGUUACGUUAAAUACUGUGAAGGUGCACUUUAUUUUGUUCUCAUGUAUUUACCAUCUCUAACAACUAACAUAGUUAAUCCAAGUAUUUUUAAGUAAAAAAAAUUCAUUUUAGAAUACUUCAUUUUUGAAAUGGAGUUUAGAAUAUUUCAUUUUGAAAUGGAAUGAAAAGAUAAGUUUUGAUUAAGAAGAUGAGAGUCGAUUGCUAGUAUUAACUCUUCUGGUUUUCCCGUUUAUGUUUAAGGCUGCAAAGCUGUGUUCAGCAUUUUUAGUGUGCUCCAUGGUGACAUGCAGGAUGCCACAGCACAGUUCCUUGGAACCUUCUUUGUGUGACCCUGUUCUAGGCUUCUAUAAAAAUAUUACGUAUAUACUCAGUAAUUCAGGAACUGAGAAGCAGAACCCCAGGUGUACCCUUUCCUUCCUGUGAAUGCUGUUCUUUUCCAGGAACCAGGAUAUAGCGAAUGAACAGGUUUUCUCAGUUACAGGGAUAUUAAGACUGUUACCUUCCAGUAAACCAAGUCAUACUGUGUUUUCAUGAACAGCUAACUUAUAUGGUGCUUAAUACAUUUGUAACCACUAACAUUUAAAAAUAGGUGGUGCUGUUAUAUCUCAUGGCACCAGAAAUGAGCUAGAACUUGUAUUUAUUUUUUAUUGAAUAUUAUGUUAAUCUAAUCACUUAUAUACUUGAAUCAAGAUUAUAAAAAAAUCUAUAAUGUUCUUUGAACUGUUUGACAGAAACCACCAUUGAAUUUCUAACUUUUUCACAGUUAAAAUGAGGGAAACUUUGAAACUAUGAAAAAGCUCCAUGUGGUAGCUGGAUGCUAAGAAAGCCCCCUGUACAGAGAACAAAGAGGAUUGUUGUUUCCAACAUUGUUUGAUAGAUCACACAAAUGAAAACUGGACCAGCACAAAUCAUGGCUUGGUGAUUUUGGUUAUUGCAUUUUUAGUAGCUAAUUAGGAAAUUUUUUGGAAAAUAUAAGAUUAUAUCACAGUUAAUUAACUGCCAGAAAGAUUAACUGUUCUGUUUUCCACACCCUUACCUACAGGAGAACGUGUGAAUUACACUAAAGCAGGAGAAGCAGCUUCCCAGUGACCCUUUAUCUGACUUGUUAAAUGAACUAGGUUGUUACAGAAAACCAACAUGAGACCAGAAGUGCUUACUUCCAACACCUUGAGAAUAAAAUAGCAUUUUCUUUGAUGUUAGUGUUUUAGAUGGCCAAAUUCAAACUUGAGAGUGGUACAAAGUCUGGGCUGUACUUUUGUUUGACACUCACCAGCCUCAGUCUCUGCUAGCUGAAAGAGGAAGUUUCUCCACAAGAAACAGAUCCACCCAAAUGUCAAAUGAAGCUGGCUUUCCUACUGACUGCUUUGCUUUAUUGGAAACAUGUCAUGAUGCUUCUUAACAAUUAAACUUUUCCUUGGUAUAUGUGAUUUUGUAAAGAUUGAAGCAGAGAAGUUUAUAAUCUGAGAAUUCUUGAGAAUACAAUGGUCGCUAAAUGUUUUUCUUAUAAAAGGCCUCUUAACUAUACUUGACGUUUGCUAAGUUAUUUGUACCUCUGCUUUAUUUUACAGAAUAAACUUGACAGUGCUGGCACCAGA